AUGUCAUUAGACUGGGCAUCAAUUGACAUCCUGGACUGGAAGAAAGAACGAAAGCCAAUGGUAUUCACCAAAACGUGGGGUGAAGGUCCUGUCUUUGAAUGGUAUCAAGAGCUUGAACGUCAAGACCCCAAGUCUGUCCUAGUCACUCGUCUUCAAGUUAUGAAUGAUAGCGGGAAGGUUCCGCAUCGGUUUGUAGUCGCGUCUCUAAAGAGCGGCGAGGUGUAUCGCUUUGACAGACGUCCCUUAACGAAAAAGCCCAUGACAUUGAUCGCCGAAGCAUUGGGGCCGCUUUCGACGCGCAAAGCUGCAGACCAGUACGAACUAAUUAAAAAGGAAGAACUUGAAGGUGUUAUCAAAUCAAACUUAUGCGAAAUAGAUCUAAAGAUGCCUGAUAAUACUAGUCUUCUGCAUAUUAUAUCAGCAUGCUUCUCACUGUCUCAUGACACAAAAACCGUUCACUACGAGCUCUUCAAGUACAAUUGCUACUUCUUUUCGUGGACGGUCGUCAUGAUAGUGGCACGGCAUACACACGAACUUCCUCUGCCUUCGACAGUUGUGCUAGCUAAGCGCUUUGAUUCCAAGCUGGAUUACCUUGUCGAAUAUAUUAUGGAUAGGAUACUGAGGGCGCUACUAAAAUUCGUGACUGAAACGGUGUCUGCCUUUCGUGCUGAAACAAAGAGAAAACUGGACAUAGGAAUGGGAAAGAGGGAACUUAUGGUCUGGAGGCUCCCAAUAGGUGCCGUGAAUUGGGCCUUGGGGCUUUUUCUUAGAUUUAGAUUCCAACUUGGUCUCGAAAAGACGUUCAAAAACAAAGUGAAAGAGAUGGUCAAAAGCCACGUCGGACCUAUAAUUGUACAUAUAUUCGAAAGCCAGAGUACCGCAACACGGGACCAAGUCAAACAGCGUCUUUGGAUCAACGACCUUUCUGAAGGAUUUCGAACCAUCGUCGAAGGAACAAUACUUAAAGUUCUAUGGUCAGCGAUCCUUGAUACUUUGGCGGAAGGAUAUAAUGGUAUCAAUGGCGAACAGCUAAUCGAGCACUUUAAAAACCAUCCCAAACUUCGUCAUCGUUUGAAGUACCGAUUGUCCGGCAAGAACGUAAUCCAAUUCACCCAGAUUUGGAAUGAUGCUUUGAACGCCGCUUUACUUGCAGCACGCGAUCGGUUCAGGGUGCUGGAAAAUAUUCCUAACGAUCCAAAAGAAAUGCACGAAAUGGUCUUCAACGAAGUUUUUGAUGCUGGAUGCCAGGCUGCACGGAAUGCAGCCGAGGCUGUGGUGGACAAAACACGUGGGGAUAUAAAUAAUCCAAUGAGAGAUCAAAUGUGGGAAGAGGUUUGGAAAGUUUGGGAUACGGUCUGGAGCUCCUCCCGAGAAAAAUGUCGUGAAGUGGCGGUAAACGUGAUCGAAGAGGGAAUGAAAGAAAUAACUCGGGUAGCUGCGCUCGUCAUUAUGGAAGAAUAUAAUUCUCACGCGCAAGAUAAGGAAGCGCCUAAGAGAAUGACCUACGUUGAAAACCAGGUGACACCGCUCGACAAAAUUCAGGCAUCAAUCAACUAUUAUAUCAAUUCAGCACCAAUUCUUAUGAAGAGAAACUCUAGUUCCAACGACGUUACAGGAAUUCAGGCAGCAAUGACCAGGGCCUGGAACCACUCACUUGACACAUUUGUUGACAAAACAUAA